AUGGACCGCUUCAACCGUGGGUACCCCGUGCCGACGGCGUGGAGUAGCAACGGCGACAUGAGCCAGGCUCAGCAGGCUCAGCAGAGCCAGAGCCAGAACCAGCACCCACCCCACCACCACCACCACCACCCGCAGUACCUGCAGCAGUACCACCCGCAGGCGCAGCCGCCCUACCGGUACUACCAGUACGCCCAGAUGUCGCCUCCUCAGUCGUCGGUGGGUAUGUUCCAGUACGAUCCGGCUGCCAGCGGACAGCUCUAUGCCGGCAACGGCAUCUCUGCCGGGCUGCACGCGCUGUCUGCAAGCAGCAGUGGCAACAGCGCCGGCGCCGGCGGCACGAGCAACAUGGAAAACGGCUCGUCGCCGCAGAUAAGCGUCGGCUUCGGCAUGCACAAGCAGGACCUGGACCUGCACAAGCAGCAGGACGCAAGCAAGUCUGCCCUCGACCACCACCAGCAGCCGUACCGACAGUUUGUCACUACGUUGCUGGAUAGCUCCACCAACAAGCUUGUGCAGAUCACCUCCCAGCCUCCGCCAGACUACGUGGCCGCAAAGAAGAGGAGAAACAGGAUCUCCAUCUCCUGCAUGAGCUGCAAGCGCAGAAAGGUCAAGUGUGACAGAGAAAGGCCCAUCUGCGGGAGCUGCCAGAGACACGGCUACUCUGUCUGUGUCUAUGCCGCCAACGACAACGACGACUCCAACAAAAUCCGGCGCCACGAUAACGACUCGUCCAACGAGGAUCUGCCCAGAUUUUCCUCCUCCACUGGACUCUCCUCCGACAACCCAGGUGCAGGUGCCAACGGCGAUGGCCUGGUCCAAGAUCGUUUCAAAUUCGAGAAUGACCUUAUCCUGAAGCCGCCCCAAGGCCUCACUAACAGCGGUACGGCCGUUUCUGCUUCGUCCGUAGACUCUUCAUCGCCCUCCCAUGAAUUCACUAACCUACUAAUGGUUUUAGAGCAGUUAAAGCUCACGCACAUUCAAAAUGACGAGAUCGACCAGUUGAAAACAAGAAUAGAGCAUUUGAGGUUCUAUUUGGACGAUGAAAGUAUUUCAAGCUCCAGAACUUUGAAAGGAUUGAAACUGAUUCCCAAGAUACCUCUCAAGCCCGUUCUGCAGACGUCUUCCAACGUAGCAUUGGAUUCCUUCAAUCUACAACUAGGUGCUUCAUCGAUUACAAGUUAUACAGAGGUCGACAGUUACAUGGGAAGAUUAUUCAAGAAGUCUUUACCAAAAAUAGAAAACGAUCUCAAUAAAUGGAAAUCGUACUUUUCUGUUGAAAUCUACAGAAAGGCCCUUGAAAAGGUGUUUCUCUCUGAGAAAUAUUCUGUCAAUGAGAAUCUAAGCUUGACCGAUUUAAAACUCGCUAAAUUCAAAUUGAUUUGUAAGUUAUUGGAGAACUAUUUUGUUAACUAUGACAACUUUGCAACUACAAUGGCCAGAUCAAAGGAAGUGUUGACCAUUUCUGUUCCAAUUGUUCCUAGAGCUUUGAUUGAUCAGCUGCUUGAUGAUCAUUUUGUAAAAAGUGAGUCAAAUAAACUUGAAAUUGUCAAAAUCGAGUCAGACGAUGAUUCAAGUGAAAUUUUGCUAGUUCUGGCCAUCUUGAGGUUCGGGUUACCAAAGAGUGAAAACGUUAUAACGACCCCAGAUGAAAUUGACUACAAAACUUUACUAGAUUAUGAAAACAUAACCACCGAUCACAAGACAGAUUUGUUGAACUCCUUUUUGAAGUUAAUACUCCAUGAGACUGACUUAUCUCAAAAGUUCAACAUCCCAAUGUUGGGUACUUUGGUAAUUUUAUUCAUGAUCUCCUACACUCAUCGUUUCAAUUUCAAGUCCGGUAGUACUGGAGUUGGGUUGAACUAUGGUGUAAUGGCCAUUUAUAUGGCUGUCAACCUCGGUGUUUACGGAGGCACAAAGCCUGCCGAUGAAUCAAAACAUCAAUAUUUGAAAUUCUUCAAGGACUCCGAUUUCCAUAACAUGUGGAAUUUGGUGAUGUUCAUAGACACUUUCAGUUCCUUCAAUUCGGGUAUACCUCAAUUGAUCAGUUCGGGUAUGGACAAUAUGUACGUGACCCCAUUCGUCGAUUCCAACUGCGCGAGUAUAUGUCACUUUUAUCGGAAGGCGUUCACUCUGGCAAACAAAAGCAACACCAAAAAGGACGAUGUUUCUAUCAUCCAAUAUGAGCGUUUUGUGAUUGAAUUUGAGAGUUUCAUUGUAAACAAGCUGGUACCUACGAGUGUCUGCAUCAAGAAAAAUGAUUUAGUUGGAGUUGCAACCUCAAUCCGUGCGUUGAAUCUUCUCUUAUUUCUAUACUACAAUAGUUAUUUUUCCUUCAUCAAAACCUAUGAGAACUAUAAAAAAAACAACAAUGCAAUUACAAACCCAAACUAUGAGAGUAUGCUGCAAGAAUUCAGGGAGUUAGAUAAAAGGUUAUUUGAGCGGUGUAUCAAACUUUCCAUUGUGUCGUUGAUCGACUUGAAUAUUAUGCUUGUUUCUAUGUUCUCCGAAAAGGAUGAGUCAUUUUAUGAAAAAUACUCGUUCGAUUUGAUCCAGAUCUUCACAAGGAUCAUCUACACGUUGACAAGCUGCAUGUGCAGAAUGAUUGUGAUCAGAAAGAGAGAGAGAGAGCAGGAGCUCGAUGCGGAGAGAGAACAUGCCGAGGGCAAAGGGAGUGGUAAGCGGAAGGCGAGUGCGAGCCCAGAUCAUUAUGAGGAUAGUGGUGAUAAUAAUAGUAACAAUGAAAACAACAACAACAAUAAUGGUACUAGUAAUAACAUCAAUUACGCAGAAGCCACCAAAAAUGGAAAAAACAGCGAGCACGAAAACAAUAGUGAAAAAAAUUAUUCUAGUGAAGAAACUCAAUAUAGCCACAGCACCGGCAUGAGGAAAGGCGCUGGUGGCAAGCACGGCGGCAGCGGUAGUGGCGCCAAUAGCAGCGAGCAGAAGAGUAACAGCAAUGAGAACUUCAAUUUUCUCUUUGACAUCAGCAGAGGGCAGUCCGAGAUGUUGUCCAACUACUUCGUUGCAAGCCAGUACUCGUCCUCGCUAGACGGCGUCUCUCUCGAGCUCAAGUUUGGGCCUGACAUCAUGUCGCUCAGCCGCUCCGUGGACGCCCUUUCGGAGAACCCCUCAGCCAUGAUACGUCUGCUCAUUGGCUUCUUCUUCAACACCUCGCAGUCGCUCAUCUCGCAGAACUUCAUCUACUACACGCUGUACAAGUACUUUGUCAUGGCCGUCAAGCAGCUCGAGGAGACCGAGGGCUGCACGGACACGGACGAUUUCGACAUCGACAAGUUCGAGACACACUUUUCGUACGUGGACUGCACCUGGUUCAUCAACUGA